AACAUUCCAGAGGCCUUACCUGGCCAGUUCGAGUCCGGAGGCGGGUGCCCGAUCAAACUUACUUUUCCUCGUAUUUGAGACAGCGGCAUCCGCAGCCGAGUUGCAUUUCUCAUUUCCACUGACACGAGAAUCUCAGCAUGGGUGCUGGAGGUGCAUGGAGUGAGAUGUGGAACGGACUCAGUUCGUCACUGGAUGGAUUUUCAGCUGCGACCAUUAUCAUCUCCAUCAUUAUCGUCAUACCGACGAUUUUGUGGAUUUUCUCUUCCCUGUCAGCAAAGGCGAGGCCCGAAGGUCGUCGUCCGACGCCGCCCGGAAGCACUGGACUGCCGCUGGCUGGAGAAACGAUUCAGUUUGCUUUAGCUAUGACCAGGAAGGAUGGCCUCAUCAAAUUUAUUAGUGAAAGAAGAAAGAAGCAUGGGCCUGUAUUUAAGUCGCAUCUUUUGGGAUCGCCGGUGGUUUUCCUGGACCCGCCGGCGGGCAACAAGUUUCUCUUUCAUAAUGAGGGAAAAUUGGUGGAGAAUGCCUGGCCAGCAUCCGUGUCAGCUCUCUUGGGCGAGACCUCGCUGACGAAGAAACAAGGGGAGGAGUACAAGCUCGCUCGCCGUUAUAUUGCUGGGUUUUUUGACCAGAAGGCGACGAUGGCUUAUUUGGCACGAGUAGAUGAGGUCGCAUCGAAGCAUUUCGCUACACACUGGAAAGGACACGAAGAGCUCUCGUCUUUGCUAAUGGCCACUAUAUACACGUUCGACAUAAUAUGUGAUCUGCUGCUCGGUCUGCCUGAUGAGCCCGAGCUGCAAGAGUUGCGUGUGUGCAUGAAGCAGUACUCGUUCGGUAUCUUGAAGGCACCGAUAAAUUUUCCUGGAUUCGCUUAUUACGACGCGCGGAAGGCAAGGGAACGUUUGUUGGAGAUGUAUGAAGUGAUCAUCACGCGCAGGAGACAGGAACUGGCCGAAGGCAACGCCCACCCAGACUUGCUGACCAAUCUGUUGACAGUACCUGAUGAAGCCGGGCGGUUUUACAGUGAUGAAGAGAUAAAGGACAACCUGCUCCUCUUCAUGUUCGCAGGUUUCGAAACGAGCAGCGUUGCGUUGACCAUGGUGAUAACUUUCGUCUCCAAAAAUCCUCAAGUUUACGAGUUACUUCUCAAAGAGCAGAAGGAGAUCGUGGAGUCAAAGAGAAUGAGGGGAGAGAGCGAUAUGCUAAGGGUGGAGGAUUUGAGUGCCAUGAAAUACACUUGGAGGGUGAUACAAGAAACGCUUCGUGUGCAGCCUUCCGUUAAUGGCGCAUUCAGAGACGCAAUCAUCGACCUUGAGUACAAUGGUUACACCAUUCCCAAGGGCUGGAAGAUUAUGUGGACCAAUCAGCAUUCGCACUAUGACCCUGCAUUUUUCCCAAACCCGGAUUGCUUCGAUCCAUCAAGGUUCGAAUCGCCGCCCAUACCUUUCACAUAUGUUCCUUUCGGAGGAGGGCCACGCAUAUGCCCUGGCUACGAUUUUGCAAAGAUGGAAAUGCUGGUAUUUGUUCACCACCUUGUAAAGAACUACCAGUGGUCUUUAACACAUCCCGAUGAGCCUAUCAUUCGUAACCCAACGCCAAGAACAGCGAGGGGAACUCCUGUGAGGAUUACCAAAAUAGAACUAUAAAAGUUGCAAAGCCCUCCUCCCCAUGUCUUAUUUAGCAUAUGUUGUAUUUAUGUAUCCAAUAAAAAUGUCACUCGGUGCCCCUUCUGAUUUUCUCCAAAUUCGAAGGGCCAUUGAGUGAAGUAGCAAACUUGAACCUAGGGAUAGGUUCUGAAACCAUCACAAUGGGCCAAAAACCUUUUCAUACAUAAAACGGAGAUAGAAACUAUUCAGACUGGACUGCAGCCAUAUGUAUGAAAGCGUGUCUGAAGUGUCCGAGACUGUCUGAGCAAAAAGAGGGGUGGUUUCUUUCCGGCACGAGAUUGUAGGGCAUUUCGCACCCACCGUCAAUGUCUUGACUACGUCUUAAUAUGUCAAAGGUAGUAUUAGUAGACUAUAUACUAUUAUAAUAUCCACAAUUUGUUCUCUGAUGGACAAAAUGAGCUAAGGGAUUACAUAGAGCUCUGAAAAUAAUGUAUUAUAAGUAACUGAUUAUACUGUUACUACAUCCACAACAUGUUAUCUGGUGGACAACAUUAGCUAAAACAUCACAUAGAGUGAUGGAAACACAAUAACUUUAAUAAAUUAUGCAACUAUUGACAGAAAAAAUGUACAGUAAGUUUCUUCCCACAGCCGUUUCAUCAUUAUGGAUAAAA